UUUGAAUUAUCGAAGCUUCUGCGCGCUGUCCACUGCGCGUUGGGUCAAGCUCGUCUGCUGUGCGUGUGUGUGUGUGUUCUUCGCCACUAUCUGCGAGGGCUCAUUGCAUACUCUCGAAAAUCUGCACUAACUUAUUGAACGAAUUUAUCAAUCUACGAAAAUGUUCAACCAAAUUUUGCGCCCCGUUGCACGUCGUGCCAUCCAGAAAGCUACAACCAACCAAACCCGUUCUCAUGGAGGCGGUCAUGGUCAUGGACAUACUCAUGUUGAUAACCGAAUCACGUUCAAUGAUGCAUGCAAACCUGAAGGUUCAUGGGCUGAGAAUUUUGCCAAACAACAAAAGAGAUACAACACACAAUUAGCUGUCGGUGUUGGUGCUUUUGUAUUUACUGUUGCCACCAUUCUCCAAGGUGAGCUAUUAUUCUUCAACUAUAGUUACCCAAAACCAAAGCAGUAGAGAAUCAAUUUCAAUAGUUAUAAUUCCAGUAAGUUAAAGAAAAGUAAUAUGAUUGUUGUUGUAUCAUCUAUACAAGAAGAUCUUCAGGUUUUAUUAUGUAAUUAAUUUAAUAAAGCUUGUUUAUAAAUCUAAA